AUGGAAAACACAACCAGAGGUCUGACCAACCAGUUCGUGCAGCCUCCGUGGCGCGUCGCGCUGUGGUCGGUGGCUUACAGCACAGUACUGGCCGUUGCGGUCUUCGGGAACCUGAUAGUGAUUUGGAUUAUUCUGGCGCACAAGCGGAUGAGGACUGUCACCAACUAUUUCCUGCUGAACUUGGCUUUCUCUGACGUUUCCAUGGCCGCUUUCAACACGCUCAUCAACUUCAUCUACGCGGCUCACGGAGAGUGGUACUUCGGCCAGGUGUACUGCAGGUUCCACAACUUCUUUCCGGUCACCGCCGUGUUUGCCAGCAUCUACUCCAUGACCGCGAUCGCCAUCGACAGGUACAUGGCGAUCAUCCACCCUAUGAAGCCUCGUCUGCCUGCUAAAGCCACUCUGGGGGUCAUUGUCUGUAUCUGGAGCUUGGCUGUGGUUCUGGCCUUCCCGCUCUGCUACUUCUCCACCAUCCGAACUCUGCCCCAAAGGACCGUCUGCUACGUGGCCUGGCCCCGCAUGGCCGAAGACUCCUUCAUGUAUCAUAUCAUAGUUACAGUUCUGGUCUACAUACUGCCCUUAGUGGUGAUGGGCAUCACCUAUACCAUUGUGGGGGUGACACUAUGGGGAGGUGAGAUCCCUGGAGAUUCAUCUGAUAACUACCAAGGACAGCUACAGGCCAAAAGGAAGGUGGUGAAGAUGAUGAUUAUUGUAGUGGUUACCUUCGCCCUCUGCUGGCUGCCGUAUCAUGUCUACUUCAUCGCGACGGGUCUCAACAAGCGUCUGAGCAAGUGGAAGUACAUCCAGCAGGUUUACCUGUCAGUGCUGUGGCUUGCAAUGAGCUCCACCAUGUACAAUCCCAUCAUCUACUGCUGCCUCAAUAGCAGGUUUCGAGCUGGUUUCAAGCAGGUUUUCCGCUGGUGUCCUUUUGUCCGGGUGUCAAGCUACGAUGAGCUGGAGCUCCAAAGCACAAGACUUCGACCGUGUCACCAGAGCAGCGUGUGCACCAGCAUCCUGAGCAAAGACAAGAGCACUCGUGGAAACAGGUCGAAACCCAACUCUGAGCUGAAUAAUAAAGACAGUUAGGGUAUUUCUGAUCCAAUGAACGCACUCCAGCUCAA